AUGAAGUUAUGUCCUGUUUUGACAUUACCUCAACAUGGAUUUUUCUUUUCGGGACAUUGUGAACGAGAAUCAGGUUCAUUAUGUGGUCUUGGAUGUUUAACUGGUUAUCGUCUUGUUGAUGGAGAUAGUUUUCGUGAAUGUCAAUCAGAUGGAACUUGGACAGGACAACAACUAAAAUGUGAAGAAAUUCGUUGUCCUCCAUUAAAAAUUAAUACUCAAGUGAUUCAAGAAUGUUUACCAAAACAGAACACUAGUGACUUUAAAUUUGGUACAACAUGUCGAGCAAAAUGUAGCAAAAUCGGUUAUCAGUUAGUUGGACCACAUACACGUGAAUGUUUAAUUUUAGGCAUAUGGUCAGGUUAUGAUCAAUUUUGUAUUGUUAGUCAUGAAACAAUAAUGCGUGCAAUUACAAGCACAAGUUCAACUCAAUUAUUACCAAUAACAUCAAUAAAAAGCAUUCAAAAAUAUCAUGAUUAUUCAAAUUUUGCUUUGAAUAUUAAUAAAAAUGAUACGGGUAUUAUCUUAUCAUUUGUUGAACCAUUACAAUUUACUAUCAUAUUUUGGUUUUAUCUUGAAAAUGGUGAUAAUGUUUCUCUUAUUUCAUUAAAAGAAAAAAAUGAUAAAAAGUUUUUCGAAAUUACUGUUCGACAAAAUAGACUUGUUUAUUAUCAUGCAUCACGAAAUCAAACUCAACCAACAUUAAUAAAAAUUUCUUUAUCAAAAUGGAAUCAUUUUGCAUGGAUAUAUUCAAAUAAAAUUCAACAUUCAUAUUUAUAUAUUGAUGAUAUUUCAUCAUUGAUUUUAUUUAAUCAAACAUUUCAUGGUCGCAUAACAAGAUUAGAAAUUUGGAAUGAAAUGUUAUCUGAACAAAAAGUAUUGAUUAGUUAUCGUGAUUGUCGAAAACAAAAUGGAGAUAUUUUCUCCUGGUCAAAAGUAUCAAAUCAAACAUGGAUCGAUACUAAUAAAUUAAAAAGUUCAUCAUUCUGUUCUGGAUGUUCGGAACCUGCAUCAAUUCAUGGUGGAGUAUAUCAUGUAUCUGAUUACGAAGUUGGUUCAUUUGUAGAAUAUAAAUGUAAUUAUGCUUAUGAAAUGAUUGGUGCUAAUCGUAUUUAUUGUAUGGUACCAUCAGAAUGGUAUCCAUUACCACCGAUUUGUAAAUAUAAUCCAUGUACAUCAGAUUGUGAACUAUGUGACAAAAAUACAGGUGUUUGUUUAAGACAAAAGAUUAAAAUCAAUCUUCAAAGUUGUGAUCCUCCAUGUGAUGAAGAUGAAGAAUGUAUUGAUGGAGAAUGUGCUUGGUCGAAUAUAGGUGAUAAAUGGACUUCGACAACAAAUGAUAAUAUAUGUAAUCCACCAUGUUCAUUCGGAACACGAUGUGUCAAUAGACGAUGUGAACCUAAUAUAACAUCUUCUUGUCCAAUACCAUGUCGAUCUGGUCAACUAUGUAUUGAUAGUCGAUGUGGCUGUUCUAAAGGUAUAUGUGAAAAUGGUCGUGUAUGUUAUGAAAUUUGUGAAAUAGGUGAACGUUGUUAUAAUUGGUCAUGUAGUUGUGGUUUUCAAGGUAAAUGUGGUAAAGGUGAAAUAUGUCAAUCAGAUAUUUGUAUGUGUGGUAUACAACGUGGUGGUUGUCGUCCACAUGAACAUUGUAUUCAGGGAAAAUGUGUUUGCAAGACAAAUUCAUGUGAUCAAUGUAAUAAUACAUGUAAAUCAAAUGAAAUUUGUUUAGAUGGAAAAUGUAUUUGUAAAGAACAAUGUGAAAAAACAUUUUGUCCAUUUCCAUGUUUGAAUGGAGGACAAUGCACGGGUUUUUAUCAAUGUACUUGUCGAGAAGGUUGGCAAGGCCAUCGAUGUGAACAACGUCAAAGAAAAAAUAUAACUAUUUCCUAG